UCAACCAAACAGAGCAUUACUGCCGCUUUUUACCCUCCGUCUCAGUGGCUCUGCCUCUGCUACAUCACCGCGGCCUUGGUCCGUCGUCCAGCCAUGGCAGCCGCUAAUCUCGUCUCGAAUCCGCCGUCACUUCCCAGAACCCUAAACCGCGCGAUCCCCAAACCCUUUUUCCUGAAACCAAUUUCCACACUCAAACCCAGGUGGGUCACAAGGGCGGUUCUGUCAACUUCAGAGCCAAAAACCCAGAAAUUCCAGCACUGCUUUUCGAAAUCCGAGGAUGGGUUCUUGUACUGCGAGGGAGUCAAGGUUGAGGACGUCAUGCGCUCUGCCGAGAAAAGACCGUUUUACCUAUACAGCAAAUCCCAAAUCACCAGAAACGUCGAGGCUUACAAGGAUGCUUUGGAGGGUUUGGGUUCGAUUAUUGGGUAUGCGAUUAAGGCCAAUAAUAAUCUCAAGAUUUUGGAGCAUUUGAGGAAGUUGGGGUGUGGGGCUGUCCUUGUUAGCGGCAAUGAGCUCAAGUUGGCCCUCCAUGCUGGUUUUGAUCCUGCUAGGUGUAUUUUUAAUGGAAAUGGAAAAAUCUUGGAGGAUCUGGUGGUAGCUGCCCAAGAGGGUGUUUUUGUGAACAUUGACAGUGAAUUUGAUUUAGAAAACAUUGUUGAAGCAGCAAGGAUUUCUGGGAAGAAAGUUAAUGUGCUUCUGAGGAUUAACCCUGAUGUGGAUCCCCAGGUGCAUCCUUAUGUUGCCACGGGAAAUAAAAAUUCCAAAUUUGGCAUCAGAAAUGAGAAGCUGCAAUGGUUCUUGGAUGCUAUAAAGGCACAUCCAAAGGAAUUGAAGCUUGUUGGAGCUCAUUGUCAUCUUGGGUCUACCAUAACCAAAGUAGAUAUAUUCAGAGAUGCUGCAGUCUUGAUGGUGGCCUUUAUCGACCAAAUUCGUACUCAGGGAUUUGAAAUUGAUUUCUUGAACAUUGGUGGCGGGCUGGGGAUUGAUUAUUAUCACUCUGGAGCCAUCCUGCCUUCACCCAGGGAUCUGAUAGAUACCGUCAGGGAAUUGGUUGUUUCAAGAAACCUGAAUCUCAUCAUUGAACCCGGAAGGUCACUUAUUGCUAAUACAUGCUGCUUGGUGAACCGUGUCACUGGAGUUAAAACAAACGGGACGAAAAACUUCAUUGUAAUUGACGGUAGCAUGUCGGAGCUUAUUCGUCCGAGUCUCUAUGAUGCUUACCAGCACAUUGAGUUAGCUUCUCCCACACCCUCGGACUCCAAGGUUUCUACAUUUGAUGUUGUGGGUCCCGUAUGUGAGUCGGCAGAUUUCUUGGGAAAGAAUAGAGAACUUCCAACCCCUCCAAAAGGUUGUGGCUUGGUUGUUCAUGAUGCGGGUGCCUACUGCAUGAGUAUGGCAUCAACCUACAAUCUCAAGAUGCGCCCUCCCGAGUAUUGGGUUGAAGAGGAUGGACGCGUAUCAAAAAUAAGGCACGCCGAGAUGUUCGAAGACCAUUUGAGAUUCUUUGAGGGCCUUUAAUAUGGCGUUUUGAUUUAGCGGUUUCAUUUAUGCUGUUGUUUGGCUCUCUGUGAUAUACAUCGUCUAUUUGAUUUGUUGAACAUUGAGAAUGGAACAUCGAUUAUGUUUCACUCACACCAAUGUUGACACUACCACUUUUCACAUACAAUCGUUAUGUUUGUGUGAUUGUCUCUGAUCGUGCCAACCGGUACUUUUCCAAUGGAACAUUGAGCUCCCAAUCCCCCUUUUCAAGAUGGGAAAUUUAUAUCACACAUUUGAGGUUC